AAUCAGAGCAGUCAUCUUGUGCUGAACACUUGCCGUGGAUUCUGGAGUUAAUUUCAGAACACUUCUAGACACGUAUUUCCACGCAUUGUAGUGAUGUGUUUUGUGUUUCAAUAUUUGUUAAUGCAAUACGUGACUUUGUAUUUAUUUAAUACUGUUUAGCCUCCCGUGUUUCAUAGAACAGCAGCCACCACUGUUUAGUACCCUUCUUGCACAACAGUCAUGAUGAGUAGAAGAGCACAGCAGCGUUUGAAAGAUCAAAACCAUUUCAGAACAAAUGCCUUUAUCAUUAUAGACAGCAUGCUUGAAUGGUGCACCCAAACUGGCAGAACAGACUUGCUGGAUGAGAUCCUUCAUGGUAUCCUCUUUCUUGGGAAAAUAAAUAAACCGCCCUUCUCUCCAGAAGAGAUUUUUCUUGAUCUGUUGAGUCAUUUAGCAGCAGAGUACCCAAGACCUUUUGAUCACUAUAUGACCCAUCUUCCCAGGCGGAGUCCCUUCUCCUGUGUUCUGGAUAUGGUUGUUCAUCUGACUCAACCACAAAAUGAAAUGGAGAUCCGGAGGAUUUUAAAAGAUCUUGUCGACAACUUGGAAAGAGGUUUUUUGGUCUCCACUGCCAUCUGCGUGUCUCAAUACAAGAAUUCAGUCAAAUAUGGAGUCUCUAUGUCCACCACUGGUUCAAUUGCACGCAAAAUUGUGACUGCUGCCUCCUGUUUAAGCUCUUACUGGGAUGAAUAUGUAGCUGAUGCAGUGAUGACCUUUAACCUUUCUGAUCAGACCAGGAGAACCGACUUUGAUGGAACCUUUGUACUUCCUAGAAGUGUCACAUGCAGGGCAUAUUAUGUUAACAUUAACAGAAUACUGCCACCUUGCGGCUCUUGUGGGGAGCUCUUUGGCUUGCACACAAGAUCUGGCAAUGGGUUUCCUUAUGGCAACUGUGCUGAAGCUGAGAGUCUGAGCAAUCUAUUUACAAGUCAUCAAGAAAUGAGAAAGCGAUUUCGGCCAACCUCUGAGUUUUAUACAGAACAGGGCAGAGAGGCAGCCAGAGCUGAUACCCUAAGGGUUCUUCUUAAAAUGUUACAAAGGGUACGCUUUAACACAGAGAGGAUUGAAUACUACACACCUUAAACACAAAAGACUAUGAGAUGUUAUUUUAUCUACUUUAUUUGAUUCCUCAUUUACCGACUAUAUGUCAGCUGAUUCACCAUAUGCAUCGUUUAUACACAAUGUCUUGUUAACUCUCAGCCAAAAUUCCUUUUUUUUUUUUUUAUUAUCUUCUAGAUGUAUCAGCCUAUACUACUUUUUUAUAAGAUGUACUGUAAGAUGGCCUGUUUUCACAAUCCCAGACCUCAAACUACAUUCAGCACUUCUAGGGAGGCAUGUUGACACAAACUAAUAUACUUAAAUGUAUAUGCAUAAAUAUGUAACCUGAUGUAACAGUUGAACUACUUAUCCAUAUUUGCUAUGGAGGAUUUUGCAUUUAUCUUUCCUUGUAUCUUUAUGUAAUGCUUCAUGUCUUAUUAAUAAAAAGAUCCUCAGUUA